GCGCGGGGUGUGAGAGGGUGGGCGAGGGGAGCGAACCCGCGACGGGCGGACCGGCUGCAUCAGGAUGUUCAGCUGGAUGGGGCGGCAGGCUGGCGGGCGCGAGCGCGCGGGCGGCGCGGACGCAGUGCAGACGGUGACUGGGGGCCUGCGCUCGCUCUACCUGCGCAAGGUGCUGCCGCUGGAGGAGGCGUACCGCUUCCACGAGUUCCACUCGCCAGCGCUGGAGGACGCCGACUUCGAUAACAAGCCCAUGAUCCUGCUGGUGGGCCAGUACAGCACGGGCAAGACCACCUUCAUCAGAUACUUACUGGAGCAAGAUUUCCCAGGCAUGAGGAUUGGCCCAGAGCCCACCACCGAUUCCUUCAUCGCUGUGAUGUACGGGGAGACUGAGGGCAGCACCCCAGGCAACGCUUUAGUUGUGGACCCCAAAAAGCCCUUCCGAAAGCUUAGUCGCUUUGGAAAUGCUUUCCUGAAUCGAUUCAUGUGCUCCCAGCUGCCCAAUCAGGUCCUGAAGAGCAUCAGCAUCAUCGACAGUCCCGGCAUCCUGUCUGGGGAGAAGCAACGCAUCAGCCGAGGCUAUGACUUCUGCCAGGUCCUACAGUGGUUUGCAGAGCGAGUCGACAGGAUCAUCCUGCUGUUCGAUGCUCACAAACUGGACAUCUCAGACGAGUUCUCAGAGGCCAUCAAGGCCUUCCGCGGCCAAGAUGACAAGAUCCGCGUGGUACUGAACAAGGCCGACCAAGUGGACACGCAGCAGCUGAUGCGCGUCUACGGGGCCCUCAUGUGGUCCCUGGGCAAGGUCAUCAACACACCCGAGGUCCUUCGAGUCUACAUCGGCUCUUUCUGGGCACAGCCCCUACAGAACACUGAUAACCGCCGGCUCUUCGAGGCCGAGGCCCAGGACCUCUUCAGAGACAUCCAGAGCCUUCCGCAGAAGGCGGCCGUGCGCAAACUCAACGACCUCAUCAAGCGAGCGAGGCUGGCUAAGGUACAUGCCUACAUCAUCAGCCACCUGAAGAAGGAAAUGCCAAGUGUAUUCGGAAAGGAAAACAAGAAGAGAGAGCUUAUCAGCAGAUUGCCAGAAAUCUACCUUCAGCUGCAGCGAGAAUACCAGAUUUCUGCCGGGGACUUCCCAGAGGUCAAGGCAAUGCAGGAACAGCUCGAGAACUACGACUUCACCAAAUUCCACUCGCUGAAGCCCAAGCUGAUCGAGGCAGUGGACAACAUGUUGAGCAGCAAGAUCUCGUCCCUGAUGCACCUCAUCAGCCAGGAGGAGAUGAGCAUGCCCACACAGCUCGUGCAGGGCGGCGCCUUCGACGGCACCACCGAGGGCCCCUUCAACCAGGGCUACGGGGAGGGUGCCAAGGAGGGCGCCGAUGAGGAGGAAUGGGUGGUGGCCAAAGACAAGCCCGUCUACGACGAGCUCUUCUAUACUCUGUCGCCUGUCAAUGGCAAGAUAUCGGGCGUCAACGCCAAGAAGGAGAUGGUGACAUCCAAGCUGCCCAACAGCGUCCUGGGCAAGAUCUGGAAGCUGGCGGACUGUGACUGUGACGGCAUGCUGGACGAGGAGGAGUUCGCACUGGCCAAGCACCUCAUCAAGAUCAAGCUCGAUGGCUACGAGCUGCCCAACAGCCUGCCCCCCCACCUUGUGCCCCCCUCCCACAGGAAGUCCCUGCCGAAGGCCGACUGAGGGGUGGGCCGCUCACAGGGCAGGCAGCGGGGGGUAGGCAUCAGGGACCUGUGCCUGAGGCCCGUGCCACUGCUGACUCACUGACCCUAGCCAAGGCACUUCCCUCUCUGUGCCUCAGUUUCCCCACCUAUGGAAUGAGGAGGGCACACACUGGACACUAGAUGAGGUUCUUUCACCUUUAAAAUUCCCCGAGUUUCUAUUAAAAUAUUGGGAGGAGGGUGUGGAUAAGGAGAUUGAAGGGUUAAGAAAAAAGAGAAAUUGACCAAAGAGUACUCUGAGGCCUGGAGAGACCUAGACGUGGAAGCGGGCUGUGCACAGCCAGACAGCCACAGGGAGUGAGCCGGGGGCUUUUCUGGAGCAGGGGGAGCCUUCCGCACUGGACCACAUCAUUGUGCACCUGCCUUGGCCCCUGUCUGUCCCUUAGAGGGCACCCAGAAGGAGCAAAGUUGAUCUUAUUUAUUUCAUUUCCUGUUGUAUUGAGAGUGGAAAACAGCAGAGCACAGAGCGUUUCUGCUCUCUCCAGACCGCCUACCAAAGAGAAGACUGCUUCCCCUGGGUGUGAAAGGAGAGUCCCCUUUGCCUGUGUGCACCCCCGUCCCUCCUGCAGGCUCUAGCAGCACAGGCAACCAGGCCAGCAGAGAGCAUUUGUGACACCCGACACCCCCCUGACUAGCCCACCCAGAGCUCCCCCAACCUGGGCCCUUCCCAGCAAAAUUGCAUUUGGUUAGGAAUUUGGAAAUCAGAACCUUUAUUAGCCCUUGGCAAGAUUUCUAGUAUUCAAAUCAUGCUGGAGUCUGAAGGUUGGCUUUUCUUACUGGUCUGUCCAGUAAUUUGUAGCAAAGUCUAUUUAUCAUAUUCAAACUAUAGUAAAGGAAUGAGGUGGUUCUCUGUAGUUAUCAGUGUGGUGACAGGUCCCCAAGGCCCCUUGGACGAUGGCAGGAUUUAAAUUCAGCAAAACCAUGUCUUGGUGCCUGCAGCAUGCUCGGUCUGGGGACACAAGGGAACGAGAGGUGAGCUUGCCCCAGGGUGUCAGGUAGAAAAGGUCAUUCUCUAGCUUUAGACGCUAUUUUUAUUAAAAAAAAAAAAAAAAGAAAGAAAGAAAAGAAAUAGGCAUCUUUAUUAUGUCCAGUUUUUCUUUCUUACAGGAAAAACCUUUAUACAAAUAGGAUGGCAUCUUUCAUAUGAAACCUUUUUCUUUAAAAGGCUGUGAGGUUCAAACCAUGCAUGCCCCUCACAAGGCAGGAUUGGGGCACAUCCCGCACGUGGGUUCCUGAGUGUUCUGUCUGAGUCCUGGUAUAAACCUCUCUGGUCCACACACUCCACUGCCUGUCAGAUGGAAGUGGUUAAUGCUCACUACCACCUUCCCUCCUUCGUGGGCUGCAGUUUGGGUAUUCAUUUCAUCAUUAUUUAUGCAAUUAAAAAAAGAGAGGCGCAAAAUGGUGAUGGCUGCACGGCAUGGGGCCCCACCAGCACCGAAGUGAAAUGAAGUCAGAACAGUCCCGCCUGAGCCUUCCAAAAACCACAUUUUUUUUUUUCUGAUGUUACCUGUGAUAUCAGGGUCAGAAGUACAGAAUUAAGAGUCAAUUUUUUUUUUUAUUUUGGGGAAGUAUUUAUCCAGAUGCCAGCCCUCGCACUCCCUAGUUCACUUUUUAAAUAAUGUCAUUUUAAGAGAAAUAAAUUCAUAAUAUGAUUUUUAGUCUUAAUGAGCACUUUUAAACUCAUUAGAAACCUAUAGAGGUUUAUAAUGUCACUACUCUCAUAUUAGCAGAUGGGUUGGUGAACGCGUGAGGACUGCCUGAGGGUGUACCCACAAGGGAGCCCACCAAAGGGAAAAACAGAAAAGAGAAUUCAUCGGUCCAAAGGUUUAGAGGUGCCAAGGUUAGCUGAUUUUCCACUCAGAACUAUCCUGCUCCUUUAAUCUUCUCAGUUGUCAUAUAUAAACACAUACACAUACAUACACCACAUGAGUAUGUGUUCUUGACACUUGUCAACAUGCAUAUAUGCAGAUAUGGCCAAGUGUCGUCUAUGCAGAGACAUACGGGAAAACUAUAUUAGAGGACAGCAGACUGAGGUGUCUGCUUUCUACAGGAAAGGAAACUUCUCUUGGUGGUGUUGUGAUCCCUACCCCAUACGCUCAGGUGGGACAACAUCAGGCAGCUGCAUGCUUUCCCUGCUGAGAAAGAAAAAAAGUCACAUGCCCACUUUUCUUAACAUCUCUUACAACAUGAAGUCAGUCAUCACGAAGAGUUGAUUGGAAAGAGCAAUGUCCCUGGAGGACAUUAGGGAUGGCUGCUAAGGCUGAGGACCCGUAUCUUCCCAGGACCCGCACAAAGUUCCCGGAGUCUGCGUCCAGAACCCCUCCUCGUGCAGCAGGGCUGGGGGACGGCAGAGCCCUCCCGAAUCUGUUCACACUGACCCAGCACGUGGCCCUCCCCACACCACCCAGUUUUCAAAGCACCCCCUCCCCGGAGUGUCUGCAGCUGGGCGGGGUAGUGGAGGCAGGUAAACUCUAGCACUGUGACACUCCCCACGCUCUCCACAAUUCCACGGAAGAAACUCUGCUUUCACAAGAUGCUGCAUAACACAAACCUCUGCAGCCUUGAGUUCAAGAGAAAAAGCAAGUUCAGGCUGAUCCUCCCGAGGACAGCUUCCAAGUCGUAAACCUACUAAUGAGGCCCUCCUGAACCUAUCUGCAAAGAAACGUUGCACCAAGACCUAUCAAAACCUCCAGUUUCGUGGCGACAUGGGGACGCCCAACCUGCUCCAGCCUCAGGCUCCAGCCCAGCAUUGUACACCGAUACCUUCCUUACUGCGCUAUGCAGGGCCCAGGACUGGUCGCUCUUCAGUGGGGAGGGCCGUUCAUUUAGCUGGCCCCCAUCCCUCCAGGGCCGGACUGGGUUCCCCUUGGAGCCCUUGUCAUUAUGCAGCAAUCACAUCUUUGGAUUUGGAGGCGUAACUCCUCCUGCAGGAUGGUGGGCCUUUGAGGAGCUGAAUUCUUGUGUGUCCGGGACUGGGUUUCCAGGUGGGUCAGAGAGCACAUGAGGAGAAGCCAAUGCCUCCCGCCCUCCUCUCGACCCCUGCUCAUUUUCGGCCCACUGGAGAAGCCUCAGCAGAACCAUGGCCCCACUGCCGCUGAGCACAGCCCUUUUUCAUGUUCCGCCGGUUCCUCUGGGGAGCCGCCUCUCCACCACACCAGGAAGGUCUCGUACCGCAGUCCCUUGUCCAGCGUGGGGUUUCACCACCAGUCAUGGCCCGACUACCACCACUGGGACCUCCCCACUUUGCACCAUUACACGCCUUCGGUACUCCCAGAGCAGUACCCCAGACGAGUUGUCUUGAAGAAAAGGGAAGCAUUUAACAGCGGCACUGUGUAUUUCCUCCGUGGAAUGUAGCAGAGAAAUAACCUUCUUAGGACAGAUAACCACUGAGUUUAUCCAGGUGAACGUGGGCCUAAUUUAAGAGUGUAUCAGGUUACAUGUCGAUUAGCCAAUGCAGUUAAUACACAAUGCUUCUAUUUUUUUUUUUUUUGUAAUCCUGUUUCCAGGUGUCAAAUAAAAAAAGACACAAUCUGUUGAUCAAUAAACUUGUGAAAAAUUC